CUGGCGGGGCAAAAGGAAAAUAUCCACAAGGAAACAAAUUUCUCCGACGUUUAAACGCUGGGAUCCGCGUUUUCCCGACGACGACGACGAUGAUGAUCCCAAUCUGCUUCUGCUCAUCCCUAAUCCCCAACUCCCACCACAUUUCUCGCACGCAAUUCUGAAGUUUUUUGUUUUUACCGGGGUUUGGGUAGGGCUUCUUCUAUGGUCUGAAUCAAAGUGGAAGCUUGGGUCGGAAGACCUAAUUAGGGAGAAAGGAGGUUAGAUUUUUUUUUUUUAUUUUUUUUCAAUUGGUUCAAGAGGGAAGGAGGAUGUCAAGAGGAGGUGAGAGUCAGACGGUGCCAUUGUCGGUUUUGUUGAGGCGCGAGUCUGCCUCCGAGAAGAUUGAAAACCCUGAGUUUUUUCAUGGUGAAGCUAGCCAGAGCAAGAAAGGUGAGGAUUUUGUGCUCGUCAAGACCGAAUGCCAAAGGGUUCUUGGAGAUGGGAUCAUAACUUUCUCUGUUUUCGCGCUAUUUGAUGGGCACAAUGGGUCAAUGGCUGCUAUUUACUCUAAAGAGAAUCUUUUGAAUAACGUUUUGAGUGCCAUUCCACCAGAGCUCAACAGAGAUGAAUGGAUUUCAGCUUUGCCAAGGGCUCUUGUUGCGGGAUUUGUGAAGACAGAUAAAGAUUUCCAAGAAGAAGCGCGAACUUCAGGAACAACUGUCACAUUUGUUAUAAUUGAAGGAUGGGUAGUAACAGUUGCAUCAGUAGGUGAUUCUCGCUGCGUUCUUGAAUCUGCGGAAGGGGGUAUAUAUUAUCUGUCAGCAGACCAUAGACUUGAAGGCAAUGAAGAAGAGAGGGAACGCAUUACUUCCAGUGGCGGAGAGGUUGGCCGGCUUAACACUGGUGGUGGAACGCAGAUCGGUCCUCUGAGAUGCUGGCCCGGUGGAUUAUGCCUUUCGAGAUCCAUUGGAGAUAUGGAUGUUGGGGAGUUCAUAGUUCCUGUCCCUCAUGUAAAGCAAGUAAAGCUCUCAUCAGCUGGCGGCAGGCUAAUCAUUGCAAGUGAUGGUGUUUGGGAUGCUUUAUCUGCAGAAAUGGCGUUUGACUGUUGCCGUGGUCUGCAACCAGAUGCUGCAGCAGCACAAAUUGUGAAAGAAGCUGUUCACCCUAAAGGGCUCCGAGACGACACUACAUGCAUUGUGAUUGAUUUACAACCUCCCGAGAAACCACCCCAACCACACCCCAAAAAAACAGCAAAGGGAGUGCUAAAGUCUAUGUUUCGCAAAAAAAGUUCCGAAUCUUCUUCUUAUGCUGAUAAAGAAUAUUGCGAACCAGAUGUGGUGGAAGAACUGUUUGAGGAAGGAUCUGCAUUACUUGCUGAUAGGUUGGAUAUGAGGUACCCAAUCUGUAAUAUGUUUAAACUGUUUAUGUGCGCUGUUUGCCAACUGGAGAUUAAGCCCGGUGAGGGGGUUUCUAUACACGCCGGAUCAUCGGAUUCAAGAAAUUCCCGGCCUUGGGAUGGCCCAUUUCUCUGUUCAAGCUGCCAAGAGAAGAGAGAAGCCAUGGAAGGACUAAGACCCUCUGGAAAUGGUAGAUACAGCAGUGGAAGUGACUAGAAACCACCACUUCCCUCAUUUGCUAACAAAUUGAUUAACAGCUUUUAUUACACUAUUGGAAGGCUGACCAAAUUCUCAUCCCAUUGGUGCUUAUUGUGACAUAUAUAUAUAUACUCAAGAGCUUCAUAUAGUACAUAAACAGACAUCAGAGUAUACGCAUUCUCGACGAGUUCUUGUAAGUAUUUGGAGAUGUUUAUGAGCUUGAUAAUAAAUAGCACUUGGAUUACAUUAACUGGUGUUUUUCCCCUUUCUGUAGAGUUUAAUGGUUGAUGAGUGAACCAUUUCAGUCUAAAUCUGUCAUGUGGGAAAGCUUUGUUAGGAUUUGUGGGUUGGGUUUUUUUUCCUUAGA